UCCCUACCACACCAAGUUCUCUGUCUCUUAAAUUACAGUUAAUAGUUCUUGGAAUCAAAGUAUACGCAUGGUUUGAGGUGAGCAUGUGAUGGUGCACGUCAGCUCCACACAUCCAGUCGCCCUAGGAAGCCUCUUGAAUCCACAAUCAUCUGUAACGUAACCAGGAUGAGCUAGACGGAUGAGGACAAAACACACAAAGCAAGGGACUUAUACUGCGGGUUACAGAGCCAUGCUGCACUUCCACAAACAGACAGAGAACGCCAACGUAGUUUUUGGGUUGUACCUUCUUCUGUCUGCAAGCUGUGUUUCAUCAAUGAGACAGCAUGUUGUCAACUGCACCAAAACAAAUUACCCGACUGUUCCAUGUCAUUUUCCAUCAGAUACUACAGUCUUGGAUUUGUCCCACAACAGCAUUGAGAAGGUUUUUCGGCAGGAUUUCUCAUCAGUCACAGGACUUAAACAACUCUUUUUACCUUUUAAUAGCAUUAGUUUUUUAGCUAUUGAUGCCUUUCAAGACAAUGUUGACCUGGAGCUCUUGGACAUUUCACACAAUUGCCUAAAUGAGAUAUCAGCACUUCCCAUUGGAAGCUUUUUGGCAAUGAAGGACCUGGAUGUCUCCAACAACAAGUACACUGAAAUCACAUUGGGACAGGAAUUCAAAAAAAUGAAAAACCUUGAGAUUCUCAAACUUGGCUCCCCUCAGAUUUCCUCAUUAAAGGCGAAUACCUUCAGUGAACUUGAAGGUCUCCAGCUGAAAGAGUUUCAUCUCAUUACAGGAGAAAUUAAUGAAUAUGAUGGUGCUUUAACGAAAAUCAGUGGUCUUAAGAAGCUGACUCUAGAGUUAAACAUAUGGGAGCACUUGGAUCUGCUGAAGUCCCUGUUAACUGAUGUUGCCAAUGCCACCGAUGCUCUUAAAAUAAUGAACAUAAAUUUAAUUAAAAGUGGACAUUAUAUUCCUCUGGGCUCUUUCAUGGAAUACUCCCAGAUGAAAACCUUUGUAAUGCAGAAUAUUUCUGCUGAUGGGAAUUAUAUUUCAGAUGUGAUUUUAUUUAUUUUUAGUUCAAACAUUGAAGAAAUUCAAAUAAUUGAUUCUCAUUCUAUUGGCACUUUCACACCAAAAAUCCGUAGGUUUACUAAAAUGAAUCUUAAACGAAUUUAUCUUGAAAACCUUGAUAAUCCACAUUUUAUUAUUUUUUCACCCAUGUCAGAAAUGAAAAAAUUUUUCUCAUAUCUUACACACCUGAUCAUUAUAAAUUGGCAGAUAUUUUAUUUUCCUUGUCUGAUUUCUGAUUCUUUGACCAGCCUGGAGAUUUUGGAUUUGUCAAGAAACCGUUUAAGUGAAUCAGUUGCGUUUCCAAAGUGCCAGGCCCCAUUCCCAAAUGUACGCUCCUUUAUCAUUAACAACAACUUCUUCAAAGACUUAGCUCUUCUUGGAAACGCCACAUCUCACAUGAUAAAGCUUGUCAAUCUCUUAGCCAGUAGCAACAACAUUAUUCUGAAUACAGAAUUUGCCAUAAACUGGACUAAAAGCUUAUUAAAUUUGAAUCUAAGUAUGAAUUUAAUCACGGGUGAUGUUUUUUCUUUCCUCCCUGACAAUCUUGAAGUUCUGGAUUUAAGCUUUAACAGAAUUAGUUCUGUAACUCAUAUUGGAAAAAUGAAAAGACUGCAAGUGGUUCACCUCUCUGGUAAUAACAUCCUCACAUUGGCAGAGAUGGCAUCCUUAUCAUCUGUCAGAGUGUUUCAUGCGGACAGGAACAGAAUUCAGAAAAUUAAUCAACAUUUUUUGGAGACAUUUGCCUUUAAUGAGUUAAAUUUGGGUAAUAAUCCAUUUGUGUGUGACUGUAAUAUAAAGGAUGCUGCUAACUAUUUUGGCAGCACAUCUGCCACUGUAGUUGGGUGGCCCUCUGAGUACACCUGUGACUCUCCAUCUUAUCUCAAUGGCACUGAAAUUCACUUGAUAUCCUUCUCCUUGGCAACCUGCCACCCUGGAUUUACUGCUGUGAUUUCAAUCGUUGUCAUUUUAACAACAGUCAUUGCCUGUGCACUAAUUUACAAAAAAAAUAAACAUUUUGGGUAUCACCACAUUUCUUUUAAUCUUACAUCACAGAAUGACGUUGCAAUCUAAAGUGUGUGGCACUGGCACAGGUAACAGGAUCUGACCUUAACUCUUUGAGGGCUGCAUAUUUUUUCCAAAAAGCAAUGGUUUCACUCAGAAGUCAACAUUAAACGUCUG